AUGGUAUCUGAGAGAAAAUUUAUUUGUAUUUGUCGAAAUGGUUGUAGUGGAAAAAGAUGUGAAAUAACUGAUAAUAAAAUUAUUGUAUCAUUUCAUAAAGAUAUAACUUUACCACAAACAAUAUUUGCUCAUUUCAUUCAAGUGAUUGAUGAUAAUGUUUCACCUGAAAAUGGUUCGACUUUUAAAAAUAUUCCUAUCAAUCAAAAUUCAAUUAUUAUUCGAUGGUCACAUCCAUUUCAUAUUGCUUUUGUUGAACUUUUCAAUAAGAAAUAUUAUUUAAUAAUUGUACAAGAAACUUAUAAUCAAUCAAUAAAUAUUGUUAAAACAAUCAAUCCGUCAGAUCGUUGUGAACAUAUAAGUGAAAUAUUGAAUGAUAUCAUUGCUAAAUUUCAUCUUAUUCGUCGUAUUAAAUACUAUCAUUUGGUAUGUCAAAGACGAUCAUCAUCAUAA